AUGGCAAUCAAAGUUCAUGGAUUGGCAUUGUCCACCUGCACUAUUCGUGUCCUUCUCUGCCUUCAUGAAAAGGGUCUCGAAUACGAGCUUGUCCCUGUUGAUGUUUACAAUGGCGACCACAAGAAACAGCCAUAUUUAUCCCUAAAUCCAUUUGGGCAGAUUCCUGCACUGGAAGACGAAGAUAUCAAACUCUUUGAAUCAAGAGCCAUCUGCAAGUAUCUGGCAAAGAAAUACAAUGGCAAAGGAACAGAUUUGUUAAGGUCAAGUAGUCUAAAGGAGUCUGUAAUUGCAGAGACUUGGAUGGAAGUGGAGGCUCACCAGUUUAAUGGUCCAAUGCAAGCACUUAUUCACCAGUUAGUGAGGAAUCCACGAAGAGGGGAAGUUCCUGAUGAGAUGAUUGUGGAAGAUGGACUGGAGAAACUGGGGAAAGUUCUUGAUGUCUAUGAAGAAAGAUUGUCAAAAUGUAAAUAUUUGGGAGGUGAUUUUUACACCAUGGCUGAUUUAAACCAUGUACCAUUUCUUUUAUAUUUCAUGAAAACUCCUAAAGCCAGCAUUGUAACUUCUCGUCCCCAUGUUAAUGCUUGGUGGAAUGAGAUUUCUGCCAGGCCUGCAACCAUUAAAGCUUCAGAAGGCAUGCUAUUGAGCUAGGAAUAU